AUGGCAUAUUACGAAUUCCCAAGGAACGCAUUCUCUGAAGGCGAUGAUGAGGACGAUGAUAGCUCAGUUCUUGUCGCCGAAGCCUAUAGACCAUGCAAAACUCUCUAUGUAACGACGACUACUGGUACAAUUACGCUCCCGCGUGUCAGUCCAAUACAUCGCAUAGAAAGCACCAAAGCAACACUCAUAAAUACCCUAAUGGCCAGAAAAGCUAUCCCUCAUCCCCGGUAUGAGUGUGCAAUAUCUUAUGCAGGUAGAGAGCUAGAAGAUACGGAAAAGCUGGAAAGUUGUCGCAUUGGGGACGAAGCCACGGUGAAUGCUCUUCUGUGGCAGAAAGAUUGCAACACCCUCGAUAGGACGCGCCAUAUGAUUGAAGCUGCAGGUUCUAGUGAUGGACUUGAUGAUGGGCAGAAAGCUAAGAGUUCGAAACGUGUUAGAAGUGUACUUGAUUUAUCAGAAUCAGAGGAAGACGAUAGAAAGCCAGAUACGGUUCUUAAGCGUGCUCCGGCGUCGAAAAAGCACAAGUCUGUUAGAUUUGCGGAUGAGGGGGAUGAUGUUAUAUAUCCUCCACCGCCAUCUUUGUCAAAGCCAUCAACUUCACGAACUUCAAGUCCCAAAGAGUAUGUGAUGUCAGGAGGAUUGAAGCGAGGAAAUACACCUGAUGCAGAUGUUCUAGAUUUCCAUGAUUCUCUGGUGCGAAAUGUUCCAGCUAGAGAUCACCUUCCUCGAAGACAAUCCAUAGAAGAACUCUCACGAAAUUCGAUGUUGAAAUCACCGUCACCUUUCUGUAUUCAUGCGAAAUCAGAUAGACUGAAGAACGAUUCUCUCGAAUAUCCCUCUGUGCGACGGGAUAACAGCAGGAGGGAGCUUUACAUAAAUACUGAUGGCUCUAUAAAUCCAGACUAUCCUCCUCCCAGAAUAGAACAUAGACCCCUCAGAAUAGAGGACGGCAUCUCUCCAACUGCAGUACGUUCAGCUCCACAAAAUGCAAGUUUGAAACCGCUGACGUCCAAUCUCUACCCUGCAGUACGAAACACAAUCUAUCUUCGACCUCCGGGCACUAGGCCAGCAUCUAGACCCUUACCCCGGUCGUCGAAACUUGAGUUGCUAGAUCCUUCCCAUGCUAGCACAUCACCGUCUUUAACUCACACGGCUUUUCCUCGUUCUCAGCAGACACCCUCAGCCGGUUCAUCCAAAGAUUCUCCAUUAUCCUAUCCUCCCCAAACUACAAGCUCGCCAUUGACAGCUGAUCUCUUGUACAAGAGAUUUCAUUCUUUACAAGCACCAACCACAACUCCUAAAUCAAUACUUAAACCUUCAUGUACCCCUUCACCACAACUACCUCAACCAUCAUCCACUCUCCAACCACCGAUUUCAUCAUUUUCUAAACCGUCACGGCAGUCAUCCAAGCCACCAUCCGCCCUCCAAAAAUUAAAUUCUUACUUCACCAAAGCACCAUCACCUCCUCUACCUCCUCCACCACAACCAAAAUAUCCUCUUUCUCGACAAACACCUCUCCGCACCCCAUCUUAUUUCCCGCAACCCACAAUACGAAAUUCAACGACGUCCGAUUACUUUCAAGCAGCACCUUUAAAAAUAACACCCUCACAUUCAAAACUAUACCCACCACACCCUCCUCUCCCAUCCCCAUCCCCAUCUCCAUCUCCAUCCCCACCGCCUCCACCUCGACCUCAUUCCAGCAUCAAGCCACCAUCUCCUCCAUUUCAAUUUUCUCAUCGCCCACCACCGCCACCGUCUAAUCGUAGCGAUAACUCAUCAUCACCAUCACCAUCGCCAAACACCAUUCCAGAUGAUUUGCAGGAUAAUCCUCCUCCAAACUCAAACUCAAGAACAAUACCUCAAUCGAAAGUACCGCCAUCACCACCUUUUUCACCUCUUCAUUUUCCUCGCUUGCACUCGACUUCUCUUUCGCCUCUCUUUCAUCCUCGGCUUCGCUCGCUUUCUCCUUCGUCUCCCUCUUCUGCUUCACUUUCUUUGCCAAAACGAAAUUUCAAACUUCCUCACCUCCCACUCUUCUACAAUUACUUCCCUUCUCCACUGAGCUCCAAUCCGCGCUCUCCUUCUCCUCCUCUUUCCCCUCCCUCUCCUCCUCCUCCCCCAAUCCCCCAAUAUACUACACACCCCAGCACCCUCUCCCCCACCCCCAAACCUUCAAAAACGCACAGCUCGUUCCUCCCCUCGCACAAGCCAUUCUCCCAACAGAAUACCUUGCUUUUCGCACCGUGCGCCAGCUUAUAA